GGCUAUCAGAAUCACACGGGACUAGUGCUCAAUGGUAAGAGUGAAAUUUCUUAUCUCAGUCAUAUUCUUCUUGAUUGUGCUCGUACGAAGUAGAAUUCGUGACGCGUAGAAAAUGGACGAAUUUACUUGAACAUCCUCGGUUUAUUUUGCGUGAGAUUAGUGCCUGGUGCGAAAGUGUAGAGACGGAAACACAAUCGAAAAGACGGGAAAGGAACCAGAAUGAAAGAGUGACUGAAGAUUUAACGUUAUCUCAUUACUUUUAAAGAUGAGAUCAUUGGACACAAUUAUGAAUUCAACUUGCGCUUACUGUACACUCGAACCCCCUCCCGACAUCCUUCACAUACCCCCACCACCAUUCCCGGCAAUUCUUCAGCAAGGUUCUGAAUUUUAUCCGAGCUCCGACAUCCUACCAUUCCCACCAUAUUUAAAUGACAGUCCCUGCAAGCACUUUUGCGACCGGCGCUCCGAAGGAGUCCAAUAUAUAGAAAUGCCCCAACAAGGGACUGUCUUUGACGAUACCUGGCUUCUGAUUCUAAUAUCGUCAUGCGUCGGUGUCAUUUUUAUUGGCAUAGUGCUCGCAACGUUGCUCCUAAAAUGCAAAUUCAAUAGAAACGGAAAAGGCGGGGUGAUCUCCAUGCCAAAUGCGGCUUCCGGCAUGCAAACGAAAAAUGGCAGGCUCCAGAACGAGGCGGUACUCUAUCCUUGCGCGGCAGAUACCAUGCAGGACAGUCGAGUCAUGUGGGCUACCCUUACUCCACGCGGGACCACAAGACACUAUUUGGAGGAGCAUACGUAUGAAACCAUCGGGAGUGGGCAGUUCCACAAACGUGCCUGUACGACCACACCAACCGAACAUGUAAAACUCAAGACGUAUGCCGAUCCACCAGCUGUUUCUCCGGUACAAAAUCGUCCUAAGGAUGACAAAGCAUUUGAUAACACUGCUUUCGUAGAUUACGAAGAACCAUUAUCCAUCAAGACUGAGUAUUAUCAGCUCAAUGAUGUUUUGGAGCCAAAUGAGUCUGGGAUACUUACGAUUCAGAGAGGAACGCUUCGUCCACGCGUGAGUUCUCCGACAAGAAUCGAGCAUCCGAAUCUACCCCCGUUGAACCUCCAUCCACAUAAGCGCGCAUCUCGCAAAGGCUCUGGCGCGCAGCACACUUCAGACACACUGCUGAGGAGCAGCAUCACAUCGUCCACUUACAUACCUACUAUAUAAACGUGCUCGUAUUUCCUCCUUCUCGUCACACACUUCUUUCAGGGUUCCGCCGAUAAACCCGAAUUACGCCGUGCACCAUCUACAUCCUCGUUAAUAUCAUCGUAUCUAGUCACUAUAAGCGCACGCUGGCCGCCAAGUAAAAAACGAUAUAAUCAUAAGAAGUAACUUCUUUUUUAUCAAUUGAUAUGACGAUAUUGUGAUUGUGAUUGUGUAGAACGAUAGGUCGUAGACUUAAUAGAAUAAAUAAUAUACGUUACAUUUGCAUCUUACAAAAUAAAACAAUGCAUAGCAAAAGAUA